AUGGCCCAUUCUACCAACGACGGUGCGGCCGCCACCAUUUCAAUUACCGUCGAGUUCACUGGCGGACUCGAAAUUCUGUUUUCCAAUGAGCGCAAACACAAUAUCACACUCCCGGCCCGUCUAGACGAUGCAAGUCAGCCGACGAUUGCAUACUUGCUUCAACAUCUAGUGGACAAUCUCAUGAAGGACGACAGGAAGGAACUUUUUAUUAUGGAAGACAAUGUGCGACCUGGAAUUCUUGUCCUCAUCAACGACGCCGACUGGGAGCUAGAAGGCGAGGAGAACUAUGAGCUUCAACAAGGGGAUAACAUUGUAUUCGUUUCAACUCUGCAUGGAGGCUAG